AUGGUUGAUGAGGAUAAUAAUGCUUCUGAAGCCGUUAGGUUCUUCAAAUCGUUGCUUACGGCUGAACCGGUUGCUGUAGAUAAUGAUUUUGUGAAUUCGAUCCCCCCACUAGUGUCUUAUGAAGAUAAUAAGAUGCUUAUGGCUCCCUUUUCGUUGGCUGAGCUGAAAGAGAUAGUCUUUUCCAUGCAUCCGGAAAAGGUCCUGAGUCCGGAUGGGUUUAUGACUCUAUUUUUUGGGAAGUGUUCGGACUUUAUUGGAAAUGAUGUUUUGUUAGCCUUGGAGGAGUCUAGAAGAAAUAGGUCGAUAUUGAGAGAGCUUAAUACUACUCUUAUUGCUAUUAUUCUGAAAGUGGAAAAUCCUAGCUCUUUUUCUAAUUUUCAUCUGAUUGUCUUGUGUACUACUCUAUAUAAAAAUUUUACUAAGGCAAUUUUGGUUAGGCUUUCUAGGCUCCUUCCUCAGAUAGUUUCCUUGGAACAAGGUGGAUUUGUGCCUGGUCGGGAGACAUCUGAAGGUGCGAUUGUAGCUCAUGAAAUUUUGCAUUCCAUAUCACAAUUCCAGCCAUGUUAA